UGCACACCUAGUAGUAGAGUGACCACAGUGCACAUACCGAUAGAGUGACACACUCCCUGCUAGCCUCGCCCUCUCCACUCCCCCUGGGCUGUCUCAGGCAGUCUCUCGGUCCCUGCUGCUGCUGGCAGUCAGUCUCUGCUAUUCAGAGACUUAAAAAUGGACCCAGCGACCCCCGCCACCCGGAUGACCUCCUCUUUCACGAUCAACAUUUCCACCCCAUCUUUUUACAACCAACCCAAAAAAUUUGCCCCGGUGGUGCCCCCCAAGCCCAAGGUGAACCCGUUCAAAGCAGCAGAAGACGCAGGACCCCAGGAAAACACCUCUGCCCCCGGCAUCCGCCGCGCCUUCCUGGGGAAAGUAGGAGAGUUUCCUCCCCUGGCGCCAUCUAGUGGAGAGCAGGAGGAAUUCAUCCUGCCGCCUCCCCCGCCCAGCGAUGACUCCGUCAUGAGCCCGACGACCUCUUUCCCCCCGCCGCCGCCCUCUUUUGGGGACGAUAUCCUCGGUUCCCCCACCUCCAGUUUCCCUCCUCCGCCACCGCCUGAAUUUGCGGAGCCGUUUCCACCCCCCGCAGAAGAGUUCUUCCCGUCGCCGCCUCCGCUGGAGGAGACCACCACAGACAUCCAGGUCAGUCCAGUUCCACCUCCACCUCCACCACCACCAGCUCCACCUGUUUGUGCUCCAAAACCCGCUCCUCCAUCUACUGUACUCCCUAAACCUAUCCCCCCUACAACAUUUACACCUAAGGCACCACCAUCUGCAUAUAGCCCUAAGCCUGCCGCCCCUACCACAUUUAGCCCUAAGCCUGCUGCCCCUGCUACAAUUACCCCAAAGCCUGCAGCCCCGGCUGCAGUUUCUCCAAAACCUUCUGCCCCUCAUGCAUUUGUUCCAAAGGCUCCAGCCCCGUACGCGUUCUCCCCUGCACCGCCCUCCUCUAACCCCCCACCUGCGCAAAGCUUUUCUCCUAAACCGGCGAGUGCCCCAACAUUUUCUCCAAAACCUGCUCCCUCUCAUACGUUCACCCCUAAAUCUUCUGCUCCGCACACAUUCUCCCCCAAACACAUAGAUCCAGUGGCCGAGCCCGCCCAACCACAGCAGAGGUUUCCGAUACCCCAGUCCGUUGUGAGAGGGCCUGCGCCCGUUCCAGGGGAGCCCCCUGCUUCCUUUGUGCCGCCAUCAACACGGUCACCGGGAUUUAACUUUGCACAGCAGCGCGAGAGACCACAAGUGCUUGAGAAGGCGAGGCCGGAGAUUGAAGGGUCGCAGAAAGACAACAGCAGGAUCCUGGUACCCCAGACCGAGAACAACAGGAAUUUGGGGUCACAGACGGAGAUCGCUAGGAGCCAGGGAAUAAAUUCCAAUGGAACGCAAGUGCCAAAAUCCCAGCCAGAAAGUUUUGCGACCAAGAAACCACAAUUUGACGGAGUGCAGACGAAAGGGCCUCAGCCAAACUUGCAACGACCUUCCGAGCCUGAUCGUCCUCCCGGCCCCCACGGGCUAAACAUGAAGGAAGUGGAGGAGCUGGAAAUGCUGACACAACAGCUGAUGCGGGAGAUGGACAAACAGCCCACAGUAGACACACACACCAUGGAUCGCUGUAAACUAUGUGGCCAAGGACUGUCUAAGACAGAGACUGUGGUGAGAGCCGGAGAACACUUGUAUCACGUACACUGUUUCACAUGCACCAAGUGUGACCAGCAGCUGCAGGGACAGCAGUACUAUGAGGAUCAAGGGCGUCCGCUCUGCGAGGAUUGUUACCAGGACACAUUAGAGUGCUGUGCAGUUUGUGAGAAGAAGAUUACAGAGCGCUUGCUGAAGGCUAUGGGCAAAGCGUACCACCCAGACUGUUUCACCUGUGCUGUCUGCCAUCGGGCUCUUCAGGGAGAACCUUUUAUUGUGGACCAGAACAAUCAGCCACAUUGUGUCACAGACUACCACAGGCGGUACGCCCCCCGCUGCUCAGUUUGUGGAGAUCCUAUAGCCCCGGAACCUGGACGAGAUGAGACCGUGAGAGUGGUGGCUCUGGAGAAAAACUUCCAUAUGAUGUGCUACAAGUGUGAGGACUGCAGCUGCCCUCUCUCUAUCGAGGCAGACGAUUCCGGCUGUUUCCCAUUGGAUGGCCAUGUCCUGUGCAAGAAAUGCCACACUGUGCGCGCUCGGGCUGCGCUGUGAUAUCAUCUUUGCCGGUCACUCGUUACUGCUACAAGAUCCAGCCGUGUCCACCAAAGACUCUUGGACCUCCUGACCACUCCGUCCUCUCUGCUGCUUCUAAUGUAGUCCAGUGUUAAGGUUAUUUACGAGUUUACAGCUUCUGCGGAGACUGAGUUAGGCGUCAUUACUGCUGCUAACCACUAGUUAGUACAUUUGCUUAUCUGCCAGACCGCCUGCCAGAAACUGUCCUCUAUCUUAGUGCCAAUAUGAUUUUCUGAUAUCCGUGGGUUUAUAUUUAAAAUUUUUACAAAAAGAACUCUUAUUUUUCAUCUCAUGACUGGAGUGAAAAUUCUGUUUGGACUAUAACCAAGAACCUUCCGUACAAUCAGCCAGAAAUACAGUCAUUCUCUUUCGGAAUCCACAUUAUAGAAUGUAUCACUAAUUGCUAGUAGUAGUGGUGGGAUUUGUUAUUUACUUCCUGACUUUUUUUUUUUUCUUUUUAGUUUUUUUGGCUCCGCUAUUUGCACAUGGCUUCUCCUACCAAAUAUAGAACAAAAACGAAUGAAUUAUUAAACCGUUAAAAGGCAAAUCGAGAACAAUGAGUUUACAGAAAGCCGCUACAAUAUCAAAUUAACCCCUUCCUGCCCGUAAAGCCGCGCUAAGAUGCACUACGUAAUACUCUAGGAACACUUUUUUGUUUUUUAAGCCCAGAUUUAUAGAGUACCAACCAAUCAGUUCCUAAGUGUCAUUUUUUUCAAGCAUAGCCUUCAACAUGGCAGUUAGGAGCUGAUUGGCUGGUGCGUUAUCACCAUGCAAUUGAUGACUCUCUAAGGCUUAGUAAAUCUGGUCCUAAAGAUGCAUUUGCCCAUUGAAAUGGGAAAAACACAUUGUAACAUGAAUUGGGUCCUAGUCAUUUCAGGCUUUACUAUAUAGUAAGAUGGCCACAAUGUUCUAAAGGGGAAUUACUCCUUUUGUGGUAAUUGGGACACAUCCGUAUACUGUGAUACAAGUGUUUUUUUAACCUUUUUUGUUUUACAUUUCUGCGCCUGUAUUUUUAUCACUGCCAAAUGUGCGCCAGGGCAGGAUUUAGUUAUGUGCCCUCCACUUCCAUGCUGCGGAAAUGCCCACAUCUGAGCACUGAACCGAAUUCCUCCCCUGGCACUUGUGGGGUUAACGGAAGUAAAAAGCACAAGUUCAUAUUUAGGCUUUCUCCUACUCUCCUCAUGGGGAACACCAACUUUUACCGCAGCUGUAGAAUGGGACGUCUUCUAUAUGUAGUAGGGAAAACUCGCCAGUGGAGUGUUGGCGCCAAUUCCACUGCACUCCCACAGGUCAGACCAGCCGCUAUCCAAUGAAACUAUACUAAACCCUCCUCAUUCCUAGUUUAUUUUAUUUGUGCUGUAACAGGUGUAAGAAUAGGCAGAUAAAACCUGCCACAGUAUAUUCUGAGCCAGAAGAACCGUAUUCUACCCGCUUUUUGUUUUGAUUCCCCCUUUUCCGCUCUGCCAGCUUAACAAUGUAAGUAAUGUGGCACUUUAAUUGUGUAAGUCAUUUUUAGCUGGGUACGUUGUGUAACGAGAGAUUUACAGGAACGACGUGUAUUUUUAGCUGGUAACCCUUUGCCUGCCGUUUUGCCAUCAGACCCAACUAAAACAUUUCCCGGUAUAUAAUGGUUGGAAGAAAAUAAAAUGUAGCAUUCCAAAAUGAGCGCUGUCAUCACGCUGAGAUUUAACUGGCGGGGUCCGGGGUCUAUUAUACAAUUGUCUGUAGCCUUAAUCUAUGCAUACGUACGCUUAGAGGGGCGAGAGGAUGCAUCGUUAUCAUUCUGUACCUCAUUGUGGUAGAAAUGUAUAAUGGUUUCCGUCAUGAGAUACUCAGAGGAACCUGCACAACAUCCCGGCCUCCGCUGCUGGUAGGGAACAGAUACUUUAAAGUCUUACUGGUGCAAAGACACAACUGUAUUAUACGUAGCGGUUAUAACGUUGGCACAAUGCGGAAGUCUGGUUACUAUGGGUUACCGUCUGUUUUUGCUGGAUGCACCAUAUUGCUAAAUAGGGUUUUAAGGUUUUUUUUUUUGUAUGGCACAGAGUGGGGCUUAGAACAAAACAAUUCUGUUGAGGACCAGAGAUUUGUUCCCCUGGUUCCACUGAUGGAGAGUUGUACCAAAGAGCUGGACAAUGGGGGACAGUCAGUUCAGGUCCGCCCGGCGAGUGUCUCGAACAUAAUUGUGCGUCUUUGGUAGGGUUUGUGAUUUUUAAUGUCGGGGUGGGUGGGAUUACAAAAAGCCAAUAAAACUUUUUUUAUAAAGAA